AAUUGGUUCCGUUAUCUACAUAGUCACCAGCAAAAGAGGCGUGCAAAGAAGAAUCUCCGAGAUGAAGAUUCGGCGGGAUUCAGGGGGAGGAAGACAGUGGGUCACGUGGGGGUACCCUAGCGUAUCCAAGUAGCGCAAGAGCUUUUUCUGACUUCUGUCCGGAAACGCGCAUCAGACGGUGCUACCAGAAGAAGUCCUCUCAAGGCGAUUGCAAGGUCUGCAUUGGACGGACAAGCCCCUAAGUUUGGGUUAUUUCGAAGAUGACAGCCAGAGCUAAUCGUGUUCCUCCUAUCAGAAAACCUGGCAUGACGGUUGCAUCUGAAAUGGGACAACAGCCAGCUUAAAAGAAAGGGAAACGAUUUCGAUGCAGACGGGUCUGCCAUAUUUACACAUGUGCGAAAUCAACUCCGCGAGGACCUAUGUUAACAGUUUUGCCAGCGGAGAGAUUUUUUUUUAAGGGGAAAUCGGUCGCCGAAUGAAGGAGCUCUGAAAAUGGAUGGCGCUCAAGCGUGCUACUCAUACCUCGCCGUCGGGGUAGAGUCGAUGCUCCGACGAGUAGGCAGGCGUGGAGGAUAUACUUUGAAUUCGAAGAAGGAGGAGGUUACCUUAGCCCACCUAUAUCGUCUAGCGGGAAAGCAUAACACCAUCCGUCCGAGACCCGCUGUUUAUUUCUACAAUCAGAAACGAUACCCUACAGCAAUCUCAAUCCAAUCAUAUAAUCGAAUCAGCAUCCUUGCCGUCGCUGCUGCUGAGCUCUACUUAUAUCUCUGGGAUUUUACAUAUAAAAUGGUUUACACAGCAUCUUUUGCGUUCUUCGAGGCGCUCUGGGAGGCCGGUGUCACCCAUGUCUUUGUCAAUUUAGGCUCUGACCAUCCCUCUAUCCUAGAGGCUAUCGUCAAAGGUCAAAAUGAGAAAAAAGGACAAUUUCCCAGAAUCAUCACAUGUCCCAAUGAGAUGGUGGCUUUGUCUAUGGCCGAUGGGUAUGCUCGGCUUACCGGUAAGCCCCAGUGCGUCAUCGUCCAUGUCGACGUUGGCACUCAGGGGCUGGGUGCUGCUGUCCACAACGCCUCGUGUGGCCGUGCCCCUGUCUUAAUUUUUGCUGGUCUGUCUCCAUUUACGCUUGAAGGGGAGAUGCGGGGCUCCCGCACGGAAUAUAUCCACUGGAUCCAAGAUGUCCCUGACCAAAAGCAAAUUGUAUCUCAAUAUUGUCGCUAUACUGGAGAGUUCAAGACUGGCAGAAAUGUCAAGCAGAUCGUCAAUAGGGCCCUGCAGUUUGCAACCAGCAGCCCCCAAGGUCCUGUAUAUCUAUUUGGAGCUAGAGAAGUGCUGGAGGAGGAAAUCGAGCCUUACACUAUUAACCAAAGUACAUGGAAUCCCGUCGCACCAGCAGCACUCCCUCAGGAUGCGGUCGCUGAGAUCGCAGAGCUCUUGGUAUCCGCCAAGCAGCCACUGGUGAUUACUGGCUACAGCGGACGAGUUGCAUCUGCCGUGACAGAGCUCGUCACCCUGGCAGACACCGUACAUGGACUCCAAGUUAUCGACACGGGUGGAAGCGACAUGUGCUUCCCGGCCAACCACCCAGCUUCACUCGGCCUUCGCUUCGGAGUGCACGAGAAAAUCCCAACCGCUGACGUCAUCCUCGUUAUCGACUGCGAUGUGCCCUGGAUCCCAACCCUUUGCAAGCCCUCUGAAACCGCCAAGAUCUUCCAUAUCGAUAUUGACCCCCUGAAGCAACAAAUGCCGGUCUUCUACCUCCCAGCCCAGGCCACCUACCGUGCCGACUGUACCACCGCUUUGCGCCAACUUAAUCAACACAUCUCCAGCAACAACUCCCUCCUCAAGACCCUCACAGCUCCAGAAUACACCUCCCGCCGCACGGCCAUCGAAGCCUCUCACAAGGAGCGACUCCAAGCUCUCGCCGCACAAGCCGCAACGCCAAGCGGCGGCCCCACAGCCCCUUUAAACGCAGCCUACCUCAUCUCUCAAAUCCGCGCCGCCUGUCCUGUGGAUACGAUCUGGUGCAUCGAAGCUGUGACCCUCACUGGCUUCGUCGCGGACCACAUCCAAGCCACGCUGCCAAACUCCUGGGUAAACUGCGGCGGCGGCGGUCUCGGUUGGUCCGGCGGUGCCGCGCUGGGCCUCAAGCUGGCCUCCGAUGACCAGCACGGCGGGACUGGCAAGGGCAAAUUCGUCUGCCAGAUCGUCGGCGACGGCACGUAUCUGUUCAGCGUGCCCGGGUCCGUAUACUGGAUUGCGCGCCGGUAUAACAUCCCCGUCCUGACGAUUGUGUUGAACAAUAAGGGGUGGAAUGCGCCGAAGCGGAGUAUGUUGCUGGUCCAUCCUGAUGGAGAUGCGUCCCGGGCAACGAACGAGGAGCUGAAUAUCUCUUUUGCACCGACACCGGAUUAUGCGGGCAUUGCGAAGGCGGCGGCAGGGGGUGAGUUGUGGGCUGGAAGUGCUGGGUCGGUAGAGGAGCUGGCGGAUAUGUUGCCCAAGGCUGUUGAGAGUGUUAAGAGUGGGAAGGCGGCGGUGUUGGAGGCGCAGUUAGAGGGGAAAGAAGGGAAGUAUGUCGCUGAGAAGAAGUAA